UUCUGAAAUCCAAUUUUUGGAUCACCCUCCUCACUUCCUCUCCCUCUUUCAAAAUGCCUCAGCGAUCGCCCGAGUUUUCUGGCUCAGUCAAACUCAAAUAUGUGAAGUUAGGCUACCAAUAUCUAGUGAACCAUUUUCUCACUUUCUUGCUUGUACCAGUAAUUGCUGGCAUCCUAUUAGAACUGAUUAGAUUAGGCCCUGAUGAAAUCGCCACGCUGUGGAAAUCUCUCCAAUUCGAUUUUAUCCAAAUUUUGUGCUCGUCAUAUCUGAUCAUCUUCAUCUCCACUUUAUACUUCGUGUCAAGGCCUAGACCAGUUUAUCUAGUCGAUUAUGCUUGUUACAAACCCCCCGUAACAUGUCGUGUACCAUUUUCUUGUUUUAUGGAACAUUCUAGACUGAUCCUUAGCACAGAGCCAAAAAGUGUCGAAUUCCAAAUGAGGAUUCUUGAACGCUCAGGCCUUGGUGAAGAGACUUGUUUGCCUCCUGCAAUUCACUAUAUCCCACCAGCACCAUCCAUGGAAGCUGCAAGAAAAGAAGCUGAAAUGGUUAUAUUCUCAGCAGUUGAUACACUUUUCAAGAAAACAGGACUCGAGGCUAAGGAUGUCGAUAUUCUGAUAGUAAAUUGCAGUCUUUUCUCCCCAACUCCAUCCCUCACGGCAAUGGUGAUCAACAAGUACAAGAUGAGGGGGGAUAUUAAGAGCUUUAAUCUCUCGGGAAUGGGCUGCAGUGCAGGGAUGAUUUCAAUUAAUUUAGCUCGUGAUCUUCUUCAAAGUUAUCCUAAUUCAAUUGCUGUAGUUGUCAGCACUGAGAUUAUCACGCCGAACUACUAUCAAGGCAAGGAAAGGUCAAUGCUGCUUCCAAAUUGCCUGUUUCGAAUGGGGGGUGCCGCUAUUUUUCUCUCGAACCGAAGGUCUGAUUCAAUAAGAGCGAAAUAUAGGCUUCUUCACGUUGUUCGGACUCAUAAAGGAGCUGAUGACAAGGCUUACAGAUGUGUUUUUGAAGAAGAAGAUCCUGAAGGAAAAUCAGGGAUUUCUUUGUCUAAAGAUCUCAUGGCAAUUGCAGGGGAAGCUCUGAAGUCCAAUAUCACCACAAUAGGCCCUUUGGUCCUCCCUGCGUCAGAGCAGCUUCUGUUUUUAAUGUCGCUGAUGGGGAGAAAAUUCUUUAAUCCCAAGUGGAAGCCUUACAUUCCUGACUUCAAACAAGCGUUUGAUCAUUUUUGCAUUCAUGCAGGGGGCAGAGCUGUAAUUGAUGAGCUGCAGAAGAAUCUGCAGUUAUCAGCUGAACAUGUCGAGGCAUCAAGAAUGACUUUGCACAGGUUCGGAAAUACUUCUUCAUCAUCACUGUGGUAUGAGCUAAGCUAUAUUGAAGCAAAAGGGAGAAUGCGGAAAGGGAAUAGAGUUUGGCAGAUUGCAUUUGGAAGUGGAUUCAAGUGUAACAGUGCUGUUUGGAAAUGUAUCAAAAGUAUUGAGAUACCAACAGAUGGACCUUGGUCUGACUGUAUUGAUAGGUACCCUGUCCACAUUCCUGAAGUGGUGAAGCUCUGAAGGGGAACAUCCCAUCUGGUGUUGACGCUGAAUAUGAAAAGUUGAUCUCUCUCAUUGGUGUUUUAUUUAUUCUCUUUUAAAAUUUUCUUUUUUUGAAGAUUUCUAAGUUUUGGAA